AAAUCGGCUCGUGAUUGUAUUCAACUUGCGCGUUGCGAUAAGCCGAGUCGUCGAACGUUUCACAUUAAUCUCGCAAUGUCGUCAGUAUAUUCUCAACAUGCGAACGCUAAACAUCUGUCUGCUGCUGAUUUGGAUUGUGGCCUUAGGUUGCGCUACGGCCGCACCAGCUGCUCUCCGAGAACGACGUCAAAUCGAUCUGACGCUGUCCGCGGAGCACGACGACAAGGACGAGGACACGGAGCUGGCACUGGAGGCCAUUGCGGGCCUGUGGAGCAGUCCGGAUAGCCGUACGAAAAUCGAUGGAUCCGCCCGGGUGGUGCAUCGUGUCAAUGGAAUGCAAACGGGUUCCGAGCAGGAUUGGCGGCUGGGCGUGCGUGUCGUUUUCAGUUAAGGACAGACGGAAACAUAUUACAAGAUUGCGUGCGCGUCCGAUGUCGAGGCACAGCUCCCACUCCUCCUCCCAAUAUAAUUGAUAACUUCUUUGACCUUUUGCGGCGUUUGUUUGUUUUUUUGGUGUGCUCGAGUAAAUAUUAGAUUGUAAUUGCAAAAAGUCUGAACUGUUUGCUUUAUUGUUCACGCACCGCAGCACAUUUUCUGCUUAUAGUUAACAACAACAACAAGAACAGUGAGAGGACAAAUAUAUAUAUGUAUGUAAUAAAUAAAAUUGAACAAAUAAGUAUAAA